GAGUUGCGAUGGUGAUCACGUGACACCCGGCGGGUGAGCGAUUCAUCUUGUUGUGAUACUUCUUCUUUGGAAGGUCAGCCCGGAAGACUUCGUAAAGCGAUGAUGCUACUGUAAAUCAAGUGGAUUUUCCUGUGUCACAGCAGGAAUGCAUGGUGGAGCCUAUGGGGAGCUCGGGGGCAGCCUCCCCGCCAUCGCCUCCCUGAAUGCUUCCUACUCUACAUCGAUGUCCAUCCCAUCCCCGUACCUGUUGACACCACCUGCAGAGCGCAAGAAGAUCUCUGACGUGCGGCGCACUUUCUGUCUCUUUGUGACCUUCGACCUUCUCUUCAUCACCCUUCUCUGGAUUAUUGAGCUUAACAUGUCAAACUCACUUAGGGAGAGUUUAGAGAACGAGGUCGUCCAUUAUAACUUCAAGUCAUCCUUCUUUGACAUUACUCUCCUUGCCUUGUUUCGUUUCCUGUGUCUUCAAGUGGCCUAUGCUGGUUUUCGGUUGAGGCAUUGGUGGGUUAUUGCGAUUACCACUCUGGUAACAACCAUCUUCCUCGUUGUCAAAGUUAUCAUAUCGAAUAAGCAAAAUGCUUUUGCCUAUGUUCUGCCCAUCACCUCGUUUGUGGUCGCCUGGUUGGAGACCUGGUUCCUUGACUUCAAAGUUCUCCCUCAGGAGACUGAUGAUGAAAGAGCAUACGUAGCAGCAGUGAAUGCUGCCUGUGAACGAGCCCCAAUUUACUCUCACGCUGUCUCAGAUGGACAGUUCUACUCUCCACCUGAAUCUGUCGCAGACUCUGACGAGGAGCCUGAUGAGGAGGGUCCUGGGCGUAGAGCUAUCACUGCUCAGGAGAAGGAGUAUGUGAGACAGGGUUAUGAGGCAAUGUCUGUGGUGGAACAGAUCCUAGCCCAGGAGGAAAACUGGAAAUUUGAAAAACACAAUGAAAUGGGCGACUCAGUUUACAGUCUGGAAGUUCCUUUCCAUGGAAAGACUUUCAUCCUCAAGGCCCUCAUGCAGUGUCCUGCUGAGCUUGUGUAUCAGGAGGUGAUCCUGCAGCCGGAGAAGAUGGUUCAGUGGAACAAAACAGUUUCUGUCUGCCAGAUCCUUCAGAGAGUUGACGACAACACUCUUGUCUCAUAUGAUGUAUCUGCUGGAGCAGCAGGGGGAGUUGUCUCUGCAAGGGACUUUGUUAAUGUUCGCCGAGUGGAGCGCAAACGAGACUGUUACCUGUCUGCUGGCAUAGCAACCAACCACGAUGCCAAACCUCCAAGCAAUCGCUAUGUCAGAGGAGAAAAUGGGCCCGGAGGUUUUGUGGUCCUCAAAUCCAGCAGUAACCCAUCCAUCUGCACUUUCAUCUGGGUCCUCAACACAGACUUAAAGGGCCGUCUGCCACGCUACCUCAUCCACCAGAGUCUGGCAGCCACAAUGUUUGAGUUCAUGUCCCAUUUACGCCAACGAAUUAUCGACGUGCGGCCCUCUCAUCGUUCCCACCACCACCAUCACCACCACCACUCUCAAAACUAGAGAGAAGUUUUAAGUGGUCACUUGAAAGGUCACUAGCCAAAACUGGCCAUCACGGCGUCCGCUGAAUGCUCCCAAGCUGAAGGGAUGCAAUUAUGUACCUGACAAGGUUGCAACUUUAAGCAAAGGAGAUGGAGACAUUUCCCAUGUUUCAGCCACACAAAGUGAGGAGUUAUUCAGAUAUCAAAGACUAAACAUUUUCUAUCAUUUUGGGGAAGUUUAAGUGUAAUCACAAGCGGAAAUUUUUGCAUGGACCUGUAACCCGUUUGCUAUGUUUCUCGCCAUGUAAUGAAAACUGUUUUCUGAGACUUUACAGAAACAAGACCUGGAUAAAAAAGUGAUUCCCAAUGUUGGAAUCUGUGUUACAGAAUAGCUAUAACAGUAGUAUGACUGAAACAGCUGUCUCUCUGAGCCUUAUCUUUCUGCACACAUUGUUAGUCAUUGAUUUACUGCUUUUUCUUGUGUGUGUGUGUGUGUGUGCGUGCGUGCGGGCGUGC